GGGUUGUUGACUAUUGACAACAUGGCAGUCUUCGACAACAACAAGGAACAAAUCAGUUAUAAACAUUAGUUUAGAAGUUGUUAUUUGUAAUACUUCUUAUUUGAAAAGUUUUUAAUUUGUCGUACCCACAUGACACAUCAAAUUUGGAAUAAUCAUUUUCAAAAAAAGCUGAGAUAUGGGUGCGAAGGCCAACUGUUUUGCACUCUAUUUAGUUUUGUUGACGUGUAUUUUGCUGGUAUUGCAAACAUCGCAGACGUCAACUAAGAUUUCAGCAGAAGAGAAAAAGCAACUAAGGGAAAAGUCAGUCGAGAUGUUUUAUCAUGCAUACAAUGCUUACAUGAACAAUGCAUACCCAGCUGAUGAGCUGAUGCCAUUAUCAUGUAGAGGCAGGUAUAGAGGAUCAGAACCAUCUAGGGGGGAUAUAGAUGACAGUCUAGGAAAUUUUACCUUAACCUUGAUAGAUACUCUUGACACUCUAGCUGUACUUGGCGAUCUUGUAGAGUUUGAUAAAGCUGUUAGGCAUGUGAUUAAUGAUGCCCGUUUUGAUGCUGAUGUUGUGGUAUCUGUUUUUGAGACAAAUAUUAGAGUCCUUGGUGGGUUGCUAGGCGGCCAUGUUGCAGCCAGUUUUUUUAAGAAGAAAAAGCUGGCCAUGAUGUGGUACCAGGAUGAGCUGUUGACAAUGGCCAAAGAAGUUGGUGACCGUCUUCUUCCUGCGUUUAACACUACCACAGGGAUACCAUACCCCAGGGUAAACCUGAAACACGGUGUCACACCAAAGAUUGCCAAUGCCAACCGCGACACUUGUACUUCGUGUGCUGGGACUAUGAUAUUGGAGUUUGCUGCUCUCUCCAGACUCACUGGCAUUGGGGUUUAUGAGGAGAAGAGCCGAAAAGCUAUGGAUUACCUGUGGGGUCAGCGCCAUCGCAGCAACAACCUGAUGGGUAUGGUGAUCAACAUACACAGUGGGGACUGGAUACGUCGGGAGAGUGGUGUGGGUGCAGGCAUAGAUUCAUAUUAUGAAUAUGUUCUAAAAGCUUAUGUAUUAUUGGGGGAUGAUACAUAUCUGGCCAGAUUCAACAAGCAUUAUGACGCAGUUAUGCGCUAUGUGAGCCAGGGUCCCCUGUUGGUGGACGUACACAUGCACAAACCCACAAGUGCUGCCAAAAAUUUUAUGGAUGCCUUGUUAGCAUUUUGGCCUGGGCUGCAGGUGCUAGUAGGUGACAUUGGCCCUGCUGUUGAGACGCAUGAGAUGCUUUAUCAAGUCAUACAGCGGCACAACUUCCUACCUGAGGCAUUUACAACAGAUUUCAGAGUCCACUGGGGUCAGCACCCUUUGAGGCCUGAGUUUUUAGAGUCUACUUACUUCUUGUAUAAGGCGACCUCUGACCCCUACUACCUGGAGGUGGGGAAGAAAGUUUUGGAAAAUCUAGAGCUACACGCGAGGGUACCAUGUGGGUUUGCGGCUAUCAAAGAUAUUAAAAAAGGCACACAUGAGGACCAAAUGGAUUCCUUUGUGCUGGCGGAGACAUUCAAGUAUUUGUUUUUGUUGUUUUCUCACAAAGAAGAUGUGCUCUUAGACAUUGAUGACUUCAUCUUCACAACAGAGGCCCACCUGCUGCCCCUGACCUUAUCUGUGGGCAACUACUCCUGGAAGAGUGCGCCCAAAGUCCACCCAGACAUCUACAAGUUCGACAUGAUGUCCGUGGCCGAAAUGACCAAAGCCGUAGAGGAGGAGGAGGCUUUGGAGAACGAUGAUGAGUACGAUGAGGAGAGAGGCAUGUGCCGGAACUACCAUGUGAGCUUGACGGAGGGGCCCGGGUACCCACAUCGGCUGAGGCACCAGCUCAGGGACCUGGUCGACAGGACCCACCCCCACCUCAAGUCUGACUUCCCCAGACUGAAGGCGGUGGACUUUGUCGCUGGCAACAAGGAACACCUGGAGCUGCUGCACCACAUGGGGAUCAGGAUGGCCACUAUGCCAGAUGGCCGCAUACAACUCCUGCAUACGGCCUCGGAAGCGCUGUCCCAAGCGUACGCGGACGCUGGGUUAGAGUUCAUGCAAGAGAUGAUCAGUUUGAGCCGCGCUCAACAGCAGGAGAGCCAACAUGAGCCGAUGUUCAUUCGGCUUCUGUCGGAGCCGUUUAACGGUGAAGUGGUGUACAGAGCCGGGCCGGCGCAGUUCGGAUACGAGCUCGGCAAGAACCCUUCAGUUAUAGGCAACGUCGUGGUGGCCAGGCCUAUCAAAGGUUGCACAGAUAUUGAGAACGGAGAUGAAGUCAAUGGUAAAAUUGUUAUUGUGGAGAGGGGGGAGUGCAUGUUUGUGGACAAGGCCAGGAGUAUACAAAAGAAAGGUGGCAUAGGGGGUAUAGUUCUGGACCAGGCCCAGGGCACGUCCAGUGACGUUCUCAGCCUGUUUGCCAUGUCAGGUGACGGCACUAAUGACGUCACCAUCCCCAUGGUGUUCUUGUUCUGGAAGCAGGGACAGGAUCUGACAGACACACUCACCAAAUUCCCAUCACUACUUGUGGAGCUCACGUCCAGGCAAUCCACUGAAGAGUUCUCUGAGAAACAGACCCCGACCCCAGAACCUGUUGGCACAAACACACCUGAGGAUGUAUCAGGUCCCCCACCACACGAUGGUGACACAGCCCCACUGUCCAAAUCUGAUCACGAGUUCUACCACCAUGACCAUCUGGACAGGGGCAGUAACCAGUACACUCUCCAGGCAGGCACCAAGUUUUUCCACAUGAGCGUGGAGGUCUCAGAGAGGCAGGACACACCCUCUGAAGACACAACCCCCGUGAUGAAGUACGAGCCGGUGCCUGAUGGCUCCAAAAUGUUCUCCUUCUGGCUGAAGCUCCGAUUCCCCACGGCCGAUAAGCCAAACCUGAACGAGAUGUACCUGGACGUGAUUCACACCCUGCAGCACCAGACCAACAUGGAGCAGCUGGAGGACUCGGCCAACUACAUGAAGUCCAUCGCCAGGUUUAUGGAGUCCGCCUUCUUCUCCAUUGACCGCAUCGACCAGGCCGCCCUGGAUGUCAUGAGGGACUUCACCAAGAACAUCGUUGUCAAGCACACCUUGCCAAACGGAGACACUGUCUCCAUUCUUAAAAGUAAGCAUGUUGAUAAAGGAGACAAAUCCGAGCCUAUCGGAACCUCGACGGUCACCCAGGCUAUCAACAAUGGCAUCACUUUAUCAAUACCUCUGCCUAACAAUGCUAAUUCUGGUGCUGAGCACUCGGACCAGAUUUCACUCACCCUUGAAGCAGUUGCGACGCGUGAGGUGCAUGUACCACAGCAUCCUUCAGACGCAACUGAACCCCCGCACAUUCCAACCACACCCCCGUCUUCUCUAGAGGGGGCUGAACAAGACCCAGACGGGCCAAAAGUUUCGUCUUCCACUUCCCAAAACCAGCCUAACCCUCAGCAGAGUUUUGACGAGAGCCUGGAAAAAGAUUUAAAUAUACACAGAUCAGAUUCUAUACCCACAGAGAAAGUAGAUUCACAAUCACAUGCAAGGGAUGGACAUUAUAUAAGCAACGACGAACUUUGAUUUUUCCCUCGUAAAUUGUAGUAUAAUGCCAACCAUAAAUAUAUAUAUUUUUAACAAUUAUGAAAUUGCUAAGUUCAAUUUAGCAGCUGUGAUGUUACUGUUUCUGAUGAUCUUGAACUGUAAAAUAAUCCUGUACUUUGUUUCAAGAACUGCUCCUUAACCAACUUCUUAUUUGAUUUCAAGGCUUUGAUUUGGGUGAUACACUGUUGUGGGUUAAUUUAAACUGCAUUGAAAAGUUGUGUCCUUUAUGGUUCUAUUCUUGUUUUUUUUGUUCUAUGUGAUGAGACAAAGUUUUUACCUGUUUUGUUUUUCAAUUUUUUUUUAUGUUUAUGCAAAUGUUGACAUAGCUGAAGUGAAACAACAGUUCCAGUGCAGUGCGAGUUUGUAAACUUUGAUUCCACACAUAAUUCUACUCACCUUAUAACAGCAUAGAAUUACUUACAAUAUGUGAACACAACUGCUACAAAAUUUUAAUAUCUAGGUAAGAAGUUCACGAAAUUGGAGUAUUACUACCAUUAUGAUUUCUUGUUUAUUUAAAUUGGAAACCAUGGUACUUAUUUAAGCCUCUUAACUGUGUAGAUUACAGACAAUUGUACACAUGAAAGCCACAUUAAAUACUUGUAGAAUUGUAUUCCAUAGUUUAAACAAAUUCUGGAUUUUCCAUAGAACUCAUUGCUAUGUUGGUAAAUAUCUUUAUAGCCCAUAUACCAACACAAAUUCUGGAUUUUCCAUAGAACUCAUUACUAUGUUCAUAAAUAUCUUUAUAGCGCAUAUACCAACACCAAUUUUUUGGGAUUUUCACAUAGAACAUUACUAUGCUGAUAAAUAUCUUUAUAGAGCAUAUACCAACACCAAUUUUUGGAUUUUCACAUAGAACAUUACUAUGUUGAUAAUAUCUUUGUAGCGCAUGUACUCAAUCUGUCAACACUGUUGUUUACCCUGGUGACGACACUUAAGGUCACAUUUCUUUAGACUUGAAUAUGUUUACUGUAAGACACACUGGGCACUUGUUUGUGUUGUAGCCACAUUUCUUUAGACUUGAAUAUGUUUACUGUAAGACACACUGGGCACUUGUUUGUGUUGUAGCCACAUUUCUUUAGACUUGAGUUGAAUAUGUUUACUGUAAGACACACUGGGCACUUGUUUGUGUUGUAGCCACAUUUCUUUAGACUUGAGUUGAAUAUGUUUACUGUAAGACACACUGGGCACUUGUUUGUGUUGUAGCCACAUUUCUUUAGACUUGAGUUGAAUAUGUUUACUGUAAGACACACUGGGCACUUGUUUGUGUUGUAGAUACUUGUCACCACAUUGUAGUGGGAAUUUUAUCCAUAGACAACAACAGUAACAGUUAAAACCACUAAAACAAAACUGUAUUAAAAUAAUCCACUAUGAUUGCAGUCAGUCGUCUAAGCAAGGACAGGUUGUUAAAUUAUUUUUAUCUUGUAAUAACUUGCCUUUCUGCUAGUGUUGUUAUUGUCGUUAAUAAUUCAGCACAAAGGUUUGUGCAGCAUAAUAUAGACUUAAUGUUAUAUCUUGCUAAAACAACAAACUGGUAUUGAUGUAUACUGUGGACUCAGCUGUUAUUUGUUUAUUCACCCCCCUGUUGAAAGGACUUGAGUUUCUACUUGUUAUUUAGUUCCUUCUGUAAAGGACUUUACUGCAAGAUGUGUUGGUGAAGUGUCCUGUGAAAUAACCAAUCACAGUUUAUAUCUGCCUGUUGAAUAGGCCCCCAAGCCUAGGAUAAACUACACUAACAUGGUUUCUCUACCCUCUGUAGUUUGCCAUCAUGAAAAAUAUGUCAUAAUUUUAGUUUGUUUUAUUUUAAGAAAAUGUGUGUAGUUUUAUUUUAAUGGAUUACUAUUUUGCUUAACUUUUGGUUGUAAUGUCAAGUUUGAUUGGAUGGCUGGUGUAUAGUAAUUAUCUUUGCUAUUUUCAUUGGUUGAGCCAUUGUUUAACUAUUGCUAAGGGCAAGUUAUAGUCUCAGGCUAAUUUUUUGUUCCGUUGGUUCUCAGUUUAUGUGAUCAUUGUUUUGUUUUUCAAUUGUUUGUUUGUUUUUUUGUUUUUUUUUUAAAUUAUUUGUUUUCUUACUUCCUUAUAUUAUAUACUGUAGUUUCCAUGAACUGUACCAGCCAUAUACUGUACCAGCCAUGUACUGUACCAGCUAAAUAUUGUGCUAGCUGAGUACUGUACCAGCAAUAUUCUAUAAGUUUACCACUAUUUUUACUGUUUGUGUGGGCCAUGUACUGUUGCAAUUUUUUUUUGUUUUGAGUUUAAUGCAGCCUAAGAGUGUUGUAGUAUAUAUCAAGUGUCUAAAACCUCUUAUUAUGAUGUGGACAUAAGUUUAAACUUAUACCAUUGCACACUUUGUGUAAGCCUUGUAUAAAUGUGUAUAUAGUUUUUUUUUAAUAAACAUAAGUUAAAAUACUUUAGGAUUGAAUACACCCCAGUAAAAAGUAAACUAGUUUAUAAAAAACUUGGAAUAUUGAUGUGAAACAAUGCUUUAUGUAAGAGUUCAGAAACUUGGGCUUCCAUGGUAUCUCUGUACACUUGCCCUUCAAUAUGUUUCUUGUGUCAGUUUAUGAUGUAAUUACAUUGGUUCAACAUUGUUUUAAAAUAGUUAAUUAACUUAGUGAAGCAUAGUUAAUUAACUUGACUAGGCUGUGGUUUUAUUUUUUUUACUUUAACUAUAAAGUUGUGUGUUAUUUUUUUUUCUUUCAAGAUUUGCUGUUGAUGUUGAGUGUUUUGAAAUGUUGAUUUAACUGCGAAUGUUGUAGAACAAUUGACUCAAUGUGGAAUUGCUAUAAGGACCAUCAGAUACUAUAGCGCAGUGUAUGAGUGUAAAGGGCAUCAGUUUCUACAGACCACCUUCAAUGAACACAAUGUAAUUCAAACAAGAAUACUUAAAUGUAAAGAUAUUUUGGACCAUUAUGCUAUGGCCAAAAAUGCAUCAACAUGCUGGUUUUGCUACUGUUAUUUCAUCUUGUACUCAGUUCAUGUUGUAUAUCUCUUCCAUGUAUCCAAGUGUUCUAUAUAUGGCAGUUAUUUCUUCCCAUCCCUUGCUGGACUUUAUAAAUAUUAUUUAAAACUUUUUUCUAAAUUUAGUGGUACUAUUAGUUUAACUCUGUGGGAUGGAGUGAUCUAGCUAUAGAGAGCUAGACUGCUAAUCCGUAAGUCUUGAAUUUAAAUCUGGGUUCAAGUAACCAGACGGUCCCUGAGUUCAUCCAGAUCUGAUGGGUACCCAACUCACGUCAGGGAAAGUAAAGGCGGCUGAGCAUAGCGCUGACCACUAUCCCUUCAUAUGCCGAGGUUACAGAAACAUGUGAACUGUACUUCACUUUCCCCAUUUACCAUCAGGUUUGGGAGGGGAACUUAUUAUGUAAACCCAUUGGGGAUAAAUAGUGUAAUAAACCACUCGAUUCAAUUGAUGGACUGGUUCCUUUGUUACGGAGAUAGUCAUCACUAAUUGAGUCUUGUGUCAGUACAUACAGUAUAAUGAGCACAGCUUGUAAGAUAUAAAAGUAUUGUGUAGGAUUUGCCUGAAGGUAAUUGUAUCAGCUUGAUUAGAUUGUAGUCAAAUUCAUUCAGUUGUUUGAAUAUUUCCCUUUGUCUAUUUCUUUUGCUUGUGGUUGUAGCCAGAUUGAGUCAAAAGAUUGUGGGUGUCAUAUGAUUGUGAGAAUCAGAUGAUUGUGUUAUCUCUUUGUGUGUGUGUUUAUGUGUGUAUGUGUGCAUAUUAUAAGUUGAACCAUGUAUUGAAUGUUAUGCUGUCUGUGUGUGUGUGUGUACAUGUAUGUUGAACCAUAUAUUGAAUGUUGUGGUGUCUGAGUGUGUGUUUGUGUACAUGUAUGUUGAACCAUAUAUUGAAUGUUGUGGUGUCUGAGUGUGUGUUUGUGUACAUGUAUGUUGAACCAUAUAUUGAAUGUUGUGGUGUCUGAGUGUGUGUUUGUGUACAUGUAUGUUGAACCAUGUAUUGAAUGUUGUGGUGUCUAAGUGUGUGUUUGUGUACAUGUAUGUUGAACCAUGUAUUGAAUGUUGUGGUGUCUAAGUGUGUGUUUGUGUACAUAUAUGUUGAACCACAUAAUGAGUGUAUUGCUAUGUGUGUUCCCAUCAAGCAGCUGGCCUAACCCCAGGGGGCUGCUAGAAAGCUGUGACCUGGUGUCAUUAGUUUUGUUUUGUUUUAUUGUUAAUUAAUUAAUCAAUCAUGUUACUAUUUCAUGAUGCAAUAAACUGAACAAUUUGUUUUC